GGAAAGAGGGGACUCAUUCUACUGUCCUAACAAACGCGGUUGCUAGUGUAUGUGUGCCUAUGUACGUGCCCCCCGCGCGCGUGAAAUGUGCAUCCAAGGAAGCCGACGCGCGUGUGUUACUGUAUACGCGAUGGAAGGAGUGUAUCUUUCAUUUGUUUUUCUCCAACCGUGUCCGAAUCAUCUUCCGCAUCUUUGCGGGCACGGUACUACGCUGUUCCGGAGCUUUUCCGACCUGCGGGAAACCGGAGGAAUAUUUUAAAUUUUUAUCGAUCGUGUGUGCGCGCGUGUGUGUGUGUGCGUGUGCGGGUACAGAGCACCAGCGGAAGGACGUGACCCGCCUGCUUUCGGUGCCCGUUGAAACAUGUGCCAGUUGUCCGACUGCCAGGGACCGCAGUUGAAAUCUUCCGACAGGCGACGGGCCUCGAUUCCGGACAAUACGCGUCGGCUGGUGUGAUAAUUCGAUUGUUUUGUGCUGUUUGUUGUUGUUGUUUUUGUUUCAAUUGUCGGUUGACAGAAUGUUGGUCCCACCUGAGAUGAUAGCGGUCCAGUCGAAGACCAUCUUCCAGAUCAACAAGUACUACGCGGAGAAGGUACAGAUGCGGAUGGGGAACAUAGCUCGAGUGAUUCGGGAGAUUUGUAAAAUCGUGCAGGAGGUGCUGCGGGAGGUGGAAGUGCAGGAACCCAGAUUCAUCUCCAGCCUGGUCGAGUGCAAUGGAAGAUUUGAAGGCCUGGAAGUGAUCUCCCCCACCUUUUUCGAGGUGGUCCUCUACCUCAACCAGAUGGGAGUAUUCAAUUUCGUGGACGACGGAUCGCUGCCGGGAGCGGCCGUUCUCAAGCUGAGUGACGGUCGCAAGCGUUCGAUGUCUCUGUGGGUGGAAUUUAUCACAGCUUCUGGUUACCUGUCGGCUCGCAAAAUCCGUUCCCGUUUUCACACUCUAGUCGCGCAAGCAGUCGAAAAAUGUCCCUACCGGGAUGUGGUUAAACUUGUUCCGGAUACCACCGAAGUGAAGCUAAAAAUUCGAGAACGAUAUAUCGUUCAGAUCACGCCGGCUUUCAAGUGCACUGGCAUUUGGCCCCGGUCGGCAGCCCACUGGCCCAUUCCGCACAUCCCGUGGCCCCACCCGGCCCUGGUAGCGGAGGUAAAAUCCGAAGGUUUCGAUCUACUCUCCAAAGAAAGUGUGAUCCUGCAGGGAAAGAAUGCCAACAUCGAGGGGGAUGCCUGGAUCCUGCACUUCACCGAGGCGGAAAACCGGCUGCUGCAGGGUGGCUACCGGAACAAUCAAUCCAACUGGGUCAGAGCGGAAGCGGAAUUGAUGUAG